AUUGACUGAUUAAAGAUGUAUGAUUGGCAGGUUUCGGUGCCCCUGGAGCCACGUGGGGCUGGAGGUACAAAUGGGGAGGGGCAGGGGGCGGGGCCUGAGUCCCAAAGCGCCCGCCCCGCCUGCGGAGACCGCUCAGUGGCUGGGGGGAAGAGACGCAGGCAGAGCACGCAGCCAGUGGAAUUUGAAAGUCGGGGCGGGCUGCGGGCAGGAGGGAAAACCCGGCCCGGAUUUAGCUUGAAAGAUCGGGUCAGCUUGUGCAGCCGGCCCAGAGGGGGUAAAUCCGGUCCGCGGAGAAAUCCGGGCUUGGACUUUCAACAGCUCCUGAAGCUGCGCCGGAAGCCCGCGCCGGGGCUGAGCGCGGAGGGGCCCGAGGCGCGCUCUCGUCCUCGGCGGCUCCAGCUCCGUCCCGAGCACUUCGAGCACCCGGACAUGGACCGGCGGCGGAGUCGGAGGACGAGCAGAGGCGCGAGUCCCAAGAAAGAAUCAAAGAAGAAAACAGGGAGACAAAGUCAUAGCAAACAGCUAAACAAAAAACCAUGGCAUCUUUCUGGUAAAUUACCUUUCCCUGAAGACUUGGAUCUCUCAAUUAUUGGGAAGGUGAAAGAAACUGAGCAAGAUGAAGAAUUUGGUGAUUCCUUUGCUGCCCCUUUACAUAGUACUGCCUUGUAUUCAGAAGCGGAGGAAAUCUGCAGACCUGCUGAGUCCCUGAUUCCUUCAUUUGUUUCCCCUCCACCUGGAAAAAAGGCCAGAACAAGCGCGGAAGUGACUGAAAAUCAGCCCGAGGAAGAGGAGGGCUCUGUAAUAGGGAGAGCAAAAAAGGCAUCGAGGAAAUCCAAGCCAAUAGCUGAUGAUACUGAUUCAGAAAGCAUUUCAGGCAGAAUAACAUGUGUGGUAAAGAGGAUGAGAAAGGAGAGAAUUAAAGUUUCCCCGACUGUAGCUUCUGCAAACCUUCCAGAGAAAUCUGCAGAACCAGUGUCUUCUAAUGAGCUCUUCCAUGUCGCUGAGAAAACAUCACUUGUCACCGAGAGUGAAGCGAAGGCUCCUCGGAAGAGACGAACCUCUCGCAGAAAGAGGGAGAAACCUCAGAGUCAGCCAUUAAACUCAGUGAUCUCUCAGACUCUGUAUAUUUGGUCUCCAGAGAAGAAGAAAAGGUCUGCCAGAGAUACAGCAAAGUCACAUAUUGUUUUAUCUGCAUUUGAGGAUGCUCUGUUAGAGUACAAGCAGCAAGUGGAAUCUAUAAUUUGCCAGAAAGCAGUCGACAGUUUUUAUUCUAUUUUUAAGGAACAGCUUAUUAAAAUUCUUUCAGAAGUCCAGAAAUUGAAAAACUUGAAAAGGAAGAAUGCCAAGGUGAUUACAGAUAUCAAUAAGAAAAGGAAGUGUUUGUUUGAAGCCCAAAACCAACUAAUUAGGACUGAACCAAAGUUGAAACACCUACAGAUAAAAUAUGAGGAACUUAAAGAAAGAAAAUCUUCUCUCACAGAAGCAACAUGGUUUUUAUCCAAUUUGAAACAGCUUCAUCAUGACUAUGCAGCUCUUAAAAGGAAAACCCCAACAGAGAGAGAAAAAUAUGACCUGUCCAGCCUGCCAGCUCUGCUGUUUGAAGCAAGAGGCAUUUCAGGAGCAGCACAACACCUGAAAAAGAUCAACUGUCACCUUCAACAGCUUGUUGACCACAAAUGAGAGGGAACCUGCCUUAUGCAUACCUUGGAAUAAACUUUUUCUUGGAGAUAAUUAAAUUGUGCUUGAUUAAAUAUAAAAGCCAUUAUUAAAAAAAUAUGUUAGAGUAAUUCCUGUGUAGAAAUACUUUAGAGUAAUUCCUGUGUAGUGAAGGUCUGUAGGUUUUGUGAAUAACUUAAAAAGAUGUUUGUUAGAGAUUUACUUUGAGUUGUACAUAUUAUUCUUUGAUAAUACAUGUGUGUAUUAUAUAAUAUAUAUGUAUAUAUGUUUAAAACACUGACCAAAAUAGUUGAGGAUGGACUAACGUGUUACUAUUUUCUCCACUGAAUUUCAUUUCUGAAUGACAGUAUUAAUUUUGCAGUACUAAAAAUCUGCAAAAUUAGAUUAUAUAAUGUACCAAAUAGAACAACUGUUAUUUCUAAUUAUUUUGCCUGGGUAGUUCAACUAAUAGCCUUUGUAAUCUGUAGCCUGCCUUGGUCUAUUAAAGCAUUUCAAAACAGACUUAAAACUUUGAGUGAAUCCAUAGUUACUUGUUGAAAAAAAAAAACACUUUUCUAAACCAUAGUAUUUUUUCUUAACUCUAAAAAAAUGGAAGGGAUGCAUGGCACGCAUGUAACAUUCUAUAUGCUGCUCAUACUGCCCACAUAUUUCACCAUCCCCCUGACCCUUUUUUUUAUUUUUGCAUCAUAUAUUGACUUUCAGACUGUGUCAUGAUUGACUCCUUUCUCCCAAUCCAGCAAGACUUCCAUUUUAUUAAAAACCAAACCAAACCCCAAAGCAGUUGUGUGAAACUAACACCUAGAUUUUUCUCUUUUUUUGUAGUUUUUCAAUUCUUUUGGUGCCAAGUCUCGCUAUUAAAAUCACAGUUGGGUUUUGUUUUGGUUCUUGUUGACAUGUGUACUGUUGUCCCGAUUUAACUUAUUUCCCUGUUAUCAGUUCAUAUAUAUCCUGUUUUUAGAAUCCUUCAUAUUUGUUGUUUUCUAAGAAAACAUCCCGUUAUAUUUAUGUACCACAAUUUCUUCAGUUUUUCCCACAAUAAACAGGCAAUGUUA